AGGCCCGGCAGCCGCGGCCUGGUUGGCGGCCCCUUCAAACCCAGCCCCGGCUCCAGCCGCCGCCAGCAGCAAGGGGGACCGCUGGUACUGGGGCCCUCCAGAUUUGUACUUCUCAUUUUGCCCCCAAGCACCUUUGGCUUGUUUUCUCCAGUGGCAUUUGCGUACCCUGGCUAUCUGUUCCUCCAGCUUAUGUGUGCAAAGUUGCUGGCAGUUUUGCAGGACCUGGCCCUAGGAGGACUCUGGAGUCUGGCACAGUGACCUUUCAGCUUUAAAGAUCAGAGGAAAAAGGAGAAAGAAGUGACUGCGUGAAGGAGCAAGAGUAUCAGAGAGAGAAAACAGCUAGCAGUGCAGCUUGUGAAGGAGCGAAGAGUAACUGAGAAAGCUAAAAGAUGUCAACUCUACCAAGGAUAGCAAAAUCUAAAGCAAAACCACUGGUAUCAGAAGAAGAUGAAUUACCCUCCUUUCUUAAAUCCUUCUCUGAAUCAGAGGAGGAAGAGGAGGAGUGGGAACCAAAAAGCAAAGUGGCAAGUAAACGUAGGCUGCCAAAAAAAACUGAGUCAAAACCUAAAAAGGCUGCUGCUCCACGGUCAACUGUGGUUAGGAAAAGGACCAGGAAGACAGCAGUAAAAGAGGAGCCAAAUGUAUCUUUGCCUAUUGCUGCUGAUGAAGACAGUAAAGAUGGACUGAAACUUUUACAGCCUAAAGAAGACGGAGACCCCAAACCAAAAACUAGAACUAAAAAGCCAAAAAUGCCUCGGGGAACAAAAAUAAAUGUUAGUCAAGGAAAGAUGAAUAACCUAGAUAGUGAUGAAAUACCCUCAACAAGUGCGCCUUUGAUGGAAAAUGAAGUAAAGCAGGAGAAAUAUGAAGAAGAUUUUACAUUUGAUGAACCCCCUUUAAAAAGGAUAAAAUUGACAACAUGUCCUCAAGGAAAACCAGUAAAACAUCCUGGAAGCACCAAGCACCAAGAGGAAUUAGAAAUGAACUGGGACAUUGUGCAGGUCCUGUCAGAAAGAACAAAUAUUGAACCAUGGGUGUGUGCAAACAUAAUUUGCCUUUUCCGUGAUGAAAACACAAUUCCAUUCAUUGCCCGGUAUCGAAAAGAGCUUGUCAAUAAUCUGGAAGCUGACGCCUUGCGAGAAGUACAGCAAACGCUGGAAGAACUACGUACUGUUGCAAAGAAGACACAUGCAACAAUACAGAAGAUAAAGAAAGAAGGAAAGCUAUCGGGAGGUCUAUUAACAGCCUUAUUAAACUGCAAAACUUUGGAUGAAUUGGACCAUGUGUCUGCACCAUAUAAAACUGGAAGUAAAGGCACCAAAGCCCAAAGGGCCAAACAACUGGGAUUAGAACCUGCUGCCAUAUCUCUCAUUGAAAACCCAGUAGAACUCAGUCUGUUUUCUUACAUUAAGCCUAAUGUCAAAGGACUUACAACCAUUCAGGAAGUAGAGGCUGGAGUGCAACACAUCCUUGCUGACAUGUUUGCUAAAGAUAAGGAUACACUGGAUUUCAUUAGGAUACUAUGUCAGCAAAGGUACAUAUGUAUCCAGUCAGCCUUGGCAAAAGUGUCAUCAAAAAAUGUAAAUGAGAAAGACGUUAACAAAUUCCAACUGUACCAGAAUUUUUCUUGCAAUAUUAAGAACAUUCAGCAUCACCAGAUUCUGGCCAUUAACCGAGGGGAAAAUCUGAAGAUCCUGACAGUGAAGGUCAACGUUCCUGACGGGGUGAAGAAUGAAUUCUGUAGGUGGUGUGUCAAUGAAAGGUGGAGACCAAAACGCUAUGCAAAACCAGAGUUAAUGAAGUUAUUGCAUAAUUCGGUGGAAGAUUCAUAUAAACGUCUUAUUUAUCCUCUCCUCUGUAGAGAAUUCAGAUCAAAGUUAACGUCUGAUGCAGAGAAAGAAUCUAUAAUGAUGUUUGGAAGAAAUCUUCGACAGUUGCUUCUGACGAGCCCUGUGAGAGGACGUAUUUUGAUGGGAGUUGAUCCUGGGUACAAACAUGGCUGCAAGCUGGCAAUCAUUUCGCCAACCAGUCAGAUACUCCAUACUGAUGUUGUCUAUUUGCAUUCUGGACAAGGAUUCCGUGAAGCUGAAAAGAUAAGGAGACUUCUUCUGCAUUACAACUGCAGCACUGUUGUGAUAGGCAAUGGGACUGCCUGCAGGGAGACAGAAGCUUACUUUGCUGACUUAAUUAUGAAAAAGUACUUUGCACCACUGGAUGUUGUAUAUUGCAUUGUCAGUGAAGCGGGAGCAUCUAUCUACAGUGUUAGUCCAGAAGCUUCUAAAGAGAUGCCAGACCUAGAUCCUAACCUAAGAAGUGCAGUUUCCAUAGCUAGACGUGUACAAGACCCAUUAGCUGAGCUAGUGAAAAUUGAGCCCAAGCACAUUGGAGUUGGAAUGUAUCAGCAUGACGUUUCACAGACUUUGCUCAAAGCAACUCUGGACAGUGUGGUUGAGGAGUGUGUCAGCUUUGUAGGAGUAGAUAUUAACAUCUGCUCAGAAAUACUAUUAAGACAUAUUGCAGGACUGAAUGCUAAUAGGGCUAAAAAUAUCAUUGAAUGGCGAGAAAAGAAUGGACCAUUUAUAAGUCGGGAACAGCUCAAGGAAGUUAAAGGACUGGGUCCAAAAUCCUUUCAACAGUGCGCUGGCUUCAUCAGGUUUAACCAAGAAUAUAUAAGAACCUUUUGCAGCAACCAAUCAGAGCUGACUGGGUGUCUAAUGGGUCAUGCACUUAUGGCUAAAGCAGAUGUUCAAGUCACAAGCAAAAAACAGGGCAAAAAGAAGAGCAAACCAGCAGCAAACGUUGCAGUACAGCCAAAUCCUUUGGACCAAACUUGUAUCCACCCAGAGUCAUAUGACAUUGCAAAGAGGUUUUUAACUUUCAUUGGAGGAAACCCAAAUGAUAUAGGAAAACCUGAUAUGCAACAAAAAGUAAAUGCUGUAAUUCAAAAAGAAGGAAUAGAAGGAACAGCAAAAACACUAAAUACAAUAGUACAUACACUGCAAAUAAUCGUUGAUGGUCUGACUCAACCUGAAGGCUUUGACAUCCGAACAGAUUUUGAUAAACCUGAUUUCAAGAGAAGCAUAGUUUGUCUUGAAGACUUGAGCAUUGGCACUGUUCUGACUGGAAAAGUAGAGAAUGCUACUCUCUUUGGAGUUUUUGUUGAUAUUGGUGUUGGUAAGUCAGGAUUGAUUCCAAUUAGGAACAUAACAGAAACAAAACUUUCUAAAGCCAAGAAGAGAAGAAGUCUCGGAUUGGGCCCUGGAGAAAGAGUGGAAGUUAAAGUACUCAAUAUUGAUAUCCCUCGAUCAAGGAUAACGUUGGACCUUCUUCGUGUUUUAUGA